UUUUUUAUCCCUUUCCUAUUUUUACUAUGAUAAAAUGGCUUUCAAAACGUAAUUAUCCAAUAUAUAUUAGCAUUUAGCAUUUAGGUCACCUGAGUACACUUUUUAUCAAUUCCAAACUAAAUCGAUCGAUAAUGCAAAUUCCUGGAAGCACCCGCAUUUUAAGAAAAAUGAGGGUGGAUCUCAAUAUAUAAAGGCCCCAAAUUGUGAGGCAUAAGUCAGGUCAAGUGUGAACGGCGACAGCAUGAGAUUCCUUAGCAUUCUGGCAAUUUCGCUUCUGGUAGCUUUGGUGGCCAUCAGCCAGGCGGAUGACAGUCCAGGAUUCUUCCUGAAGAUCACCAAGAACGUGCCGCGACUGGGAAAACGAGGCGAGAACUUUGUUAUGAAGAACUUGAAGACCAUUCCCAGAAUAGGACGAAGUGGGCAGACCUCUGUGACUCCACUGUUGGCCUGGCUCUGGGAUCUGGACACGACUCCCAGCAAGCGGCGACUGCCCUCCGGGGGGGAUGCGGUGGCAAAGGAGCAGGAACUCAAUGUGGUGCAGCCCGUCAACUCCAAUACACUGCUGGAGUUGCUCGACAACAAUGCCAUCCCCAGCGAGCAGGUGAAGUUCGUCCACUGGCGGGACUUUGAUCGUGCCCUCCAGGCGGACCCCGAUCUGUACGCCAAGGUCAUCCAGUUGGGCCGUCGUCCGGAUCAGCACCUCAAGCAGUCCCUCAGCUUCGGCAGCUUUGUGCCCAUCUUCGGCGACGAUCAGAACCCGGCCUUCAUGAUGUACAAGAACAACGAGGAUCAGGAGCUGUACGGUGGCGGUGGCAAUCGCUACGAUCGCAACUUCCUGAAGUACAACACCCUGUGAGGGGAGGAGCAGGAAGACUUCGCCCAAAUUGACAACAAAAGCUAUUUAGUCGUGGAAUCCAACAGGUUUUUAUACUCCAAAAUCAAAGAUGUAUGGAACUGUGUUUUAAAUUUUAUAAACUUAUUAGUACUUUCCUAGUAGCAAAUAUAUAUUCUGAAUCUCUAAUAGGUUCAUGCAAUCACAUUUAAUGUUAAACCUUUUUUCUCACAAAGAGAAAUUUUGAAAUUUUGGGAAGCCUAUUUAGGAGUACCUUUAUACAUUUAAGGUCUUCUUGCUUUUAAUUUUUUUUUUGAAUGGGAACUUAAAUGUUGGAUAAUAACUUUGGACAAUUUCACUUUUCAUAAAAUGAACCAUCCAAAAUUUUGAAAACUUAGAAAGCCGAUUUAGGAGCUAAAAUUUUGAAAUUUUCAGAACAGCUUUAUGUACUAGACUUUAAGCAGUUGAAAA